CCUUCUUCCCUCUGAGCUGUUGAAGCAAGUUCCCAGGAACACUCCAGAGCCCCUGGUUGACUGGAAGGGAGGUAGGAGGAGUGGAAUGUUUGCAAAGACUGAACUGAUCAAAAGACAGUGCUGUUUCAUGGAAGUCUCCUAGAACAGAGUGAGAGAAUGUGUGUGUGUGCGCGCACGCGCGCUCUUGCUCCUGGUAGACUGAGAGCUUGCACAAGGCGCCGCCUGGGAGGACAGGGUCUCCAUGACAACUGGCCUGGCCGGCUAGCAGCCCUCGGCUCACUUGGCUGGAAAGGAGCGCCACGAAAGGUCAGAGGAAGGAGUGGUGGGAAGCUUUUGCAGCAGGUACUGGGAGCUUAAGCCAGUGGAUUUGGGGGCCCUGGGCUCCCUAACCAACUGAGGUGUGAGCCAGACUCUGCUGAAAAUGGAGGGGGCAGGAAAGCACCGCGACUUUCAGGGCUCAGGGUUUGCAGAGAGCCGAAAUGACCAUGACUGCCAACAAGAAUUCCAGCAUCACCCAUGGAGCUGGAGGCACUAAGGCCCCCCGGGAGACUCUGAGCAGGUCUCAGUCAGUCUCUCCACCUCCAGUUCUGUCUCCACCGAGGAGUCCCAUCUACCCCUUCAGUGACAGUGAAACGUCAGCCUGCAGGUUCCCCAACCGAUCCAGCUCCCGGCUCCUCCUCAAGGACCGGCAUCCCUGUGAUUCUUCACCCCCAAAUCCUCAAGAUCUCUCCCCAGAUACUUCACCACCCACCUGUCCCCUUAAGGUCACCAGCGUCAGCUAUUUGGACAGGAGCCCUUCAGUGUACAAGAGAGAGGGCCAGAAGGACAAUGUCCAGGGUGCAGCCCUGGAUGGAGAGGGAGUAGCUGCUUGCCUCCCCCUUGCCCAGAGCACCCCCUUCCUUGGGCCAGUGGCUGGCCCACGCAGUGUCUUGCUGACCCGCACUGGCACCCGUACCCACAACCUGGGUAUACGGGAGAAGAUCUCAGCAUGGGAAGGUCGCCGAGAGGUGUCAGCCAGGAUGAGCCUGUGUGGAGAGAAGCUGGAGGGCUCUGGAAGCGAGUGGGCGGCCAGUGAGGGCUGCCCCAGUGUGGGCUGCCCCAGUGUGGUGCCAUCUCCCUGCAGCUCAGAAAAGACCUUUGAUUUCAAGGGCCUCCGGAGGAUGAGCAGGACCUUCUCUGAGUGUUCCUACCCUGAGACCGAGGAAGAGGGAGAUGUACUCCCUGUCCGGGACUCUUUGUACCGGCCAGAGAAGCGGUCAGGCCGGAGUGAGCCCAGUACCUUCCUCAGGGGGCAUGGCAGCAGGAAGGAGAGCUCAGCAGUGCUGAGCCGGAUCCAGAAAAUUGAACAAGCCCUAAAGGAGCAGCCAGGCCGGGGGCUCCCCCAGCUCCCCAGCAGCUGCUACAGUAUAGACCGUGGGCGAAGGAAGACAAGCACCUUGGGCACCUUGGAGGAGCCAGCAGGGGGCACAGGUGUGAGCUCUGGCAGCCAGACAGUUGGAUUGGCUGGAGUUGGGGGGGAGGCAGGCCCACCCCUGGACAGGGAAAGCAGUGGUUCCACGAAGCCAGGAUCCCCUGGAAAUAGCCCUCGUUCCCAGCGGCUACCAUUGAAGAGCUCCCCUGAUCCCGCUGUGAACCCUGUCCCCAAACCUAAGCGCACCUUUGAAUAUGAGGCUGACAAGAACCCCAAGAGUAAGCCAAGCAAUGGUCUACCUCCUUCGCCCACACCUGCUGCUCCACCUCCCUUGCCCUCCACCCCAGCCCCACCAAUCACCCGGAGACCCAAGAAGGACAUGCGUGGUCAUCGCAAGUCCCAGAGCAGAAAAUCCUUAGAAUUUGAGGACGCAUCCAGUCUCCAGUCCCUGUAUCCCUCUUCUCCCACUGAAAAUGGUACUGAGAGCCAACCCAAGUUUGGAUCCAAAAGCACUUUAGAAGAGAAUGCCUAUGAAGAUAUUGUGGGAGAGCUGCCCAAGGAGAAUCCAUAUGAGGAUGUGGACUUGAAGAACCGAAGAGCUGGACGAAAAUCCCAGCAACUGUCUGAGAACUCCUUAGACUCUUUGCAUAGGAUGUGGAGUCCUCAAGACAGGAAGUACAACAACCCACCCAUGCAGCUGUCCCUGAAACCCAGCAGCCAGUCCAUGCGCAGUGGGAACUGGCCAGAGAGGAAGAGCCACCGGCUUCCACGAUUACCCAAAAGACACAGCCAUGAUGACAUGCUGCUGCUGGCUCAGCUGAGCUUGCCAUCUUCACCUUCCAGCCUCAAUGAGGACAGCCUCAGCACCACAAGUGAGCUGCUGUCCAGCCGCCGGGCCCGUCGCAUCCCCAAGCUUGUCCAAAGAAUUAACUCCAUCUACAAUGCCAAGAGGGGAAAGAAGAGGUUAAAAAAGCUGUCUAUGUCCAGCUUUGAGACAGCGUCGUUGAGAGAUGAGAACAGUGAGAGUGAGAGUGACUCUGAUGACAGGUUCAAAGCCCACACACAGCGCCUGGUCCAUAUCCAGUCCAUGCUGAAACGUGCACCCAGUUACCGGACCCUGGAGCUGGAGCUGCUUGAGUGGCAAGAACGGGAACUCUUUGAGUACUUUGUGGUGGUGUCCCUUAAGAAGAAGCCAUCCCGAAACACCUACCUCCCUGAAGUCUCCUACCAGUUUCCCAAGCUCGACAGACCCACCAAACAAAUGCGGGAGGCAGAAGAAAGGCUCAAAGCUAUCCCCCAGUUUUGUUUCCCAGAUGCUAAGGACUGGCUCCCUGUGUCAGAGUAUAGCAGUGAGACCUUUUCUUUCAUGCUGACUGGGGAAGAUGGCAGCAGACGCUUUGGCUACUGCAGGCGCUUACUGCCAAGCGGGAAAGGGCCUCGGUUGCCAGAGGUGUACUGUGUCAUCAGCCGCCUUGGCUGCUUCGGCUUGUUUUCCAAGGUCCUAGAUGAGGUGGAACGCCGGCGUGGGAUCUCUGCUGCAUUGGUCUAUCCCUUCAUGAGAAGUCUUAUGGAGUCGCCCUUCCCAGCCCCAGGGAAGACCAUCAAAGUAAAGACUUUCCUGCCAGGUGCUGGCAAUGAGGUGUUAGAGCUGCGGAGGCCCAUGGACUCCCGUCUGGAGCACGUGGACUUUGAGUGCCUUUUUACCUGCCUCAGUGUGCGCCAGCUUAUCCGAAUCUUCGCCUCUCUGCUGCUGGAGCGCAGGGUCAUUUUCGUAGCAGAUAAGCUCAGUACCCUGUCCAGCUGCUCCCAUGCUGUGGUGGCCUUGCUCUACCCCUUCUCCUGGCAGCACACCUUCAUUCCUGUCCUUCCGGCCUCCAUGAUUGACAUCGUCUGCUGUCCCACCCCUUUCCUGGUUGGCCUGCUCUCCAGUUCCCUUCCUAAACUGAAGGAACUACCUGUGGAAGAGGCGCUGAUGGUGAAUCUGGGAUCUGACCGAUUUAUCCGGCAGAUGGAUGAUGAAGACACAUUGCUACCCAGGAAGUUGCAGGCAGCUCUGGAGCAGGCUCUAGAGAGGAAGAAUGAAUUGAUCUCCCAGGACUCUGACAGCGACUCCGAUGAUGAAUGUAAUACCCUCAAUGGACUGGUAUCAGAGGUGUUUAUCCGGUUCUUUGUGGAGACUGUUGGGCACUACUCCCUCUUUCUGACCCAGAGUGAGAAGGGGGAGAGGGCCUUUCAGCGAGAAGCCUUCCGCAAGUCUGUGGCCUCCAAGAGCAUCCGCCGUUUUCUUGAGGUUUUUAUGGAGUCUCAGAUGUUUGCCGGCUUCAUCCAAGAUAGGGAGCUACGGAAGUGUCGGGCAAAGGGCCUCUUUGAGCAACGAGUGGAGCAGUAUUUGGAGGAGCUCCCUGACACUGAGCAGAGUGGGAUGAACAAGUUUCUCCGAGGCUUGGGCAACAAAAUGAAGUUCCUUCACAAGAAGAAUUAAAAACACCUUUCCCAGUAGCGGGAGUCCAGUGCCUCAAGAGGCUGGUGGGGAGAGGGCUCAGCUUGGGACCCUCCGGGCUGCUGUGGCUGCUCUGCCCCGCCCCACAGACCCCCACCUCCAAGCCAGCCCACCGCUGCCUUCACCACAUCCCAGGAUACUGUUUGUACAUAGUCUGCUAUUAGCCUUCUUAACUGUUUUUGUAAUAAGCAAAGAGAAUCUGGUAAAUAUCUGUAUAUUCCCAAGGGGCUGGGUGCUUUUCCGCCUUGCCUGAGAAUGGAUGGAGUGUUGCUGGGUGCUGGUGACUGGCCAAUUAUGUGCAGCUGACUGUCUCAGCCGAACCACUGAUCUUCCCUGGAGGCUUCUGGCCUGCCUGCCUGCUUGCCUGCCUUCAGCCCCUGCUGCCAGUCUCGGGCCCUGGAGAGCAGACACUGUCUUGUUAUGUACAGGAGGACUAUUAUUUUUAAUCUUAGAGUUUCUAUUUUUUUUUUCUGGUAGUCUCCUCCCUCUAGCCUGUUUUUGAAAGGCAAAGUUUAUUUGUCUCCAUUUGCAGCAUGGAACCAGGUUCUGGACCUGGUGCUGAGAUGGUCAGUGAAUUAUGGGACGCCCACCCUCAGCUCUGCCUGUGUGCUCUCUGGGCUCUGCUCCCAGCCAGUGGUGGCCACGUGGCCAUUGAUGCGGUACAGGGCAUCCUUCCUUCCCACCAUCAACAAGUGUUCUCAAUAAACAGUGUACAGCCAUUUGGGCCCAAGA